AUGUUUGAUGCGCAUAGAACAGAGGCGAUUCGUACAAUUUUGGAAAAGCUCAAACUCAUCACAAGAGAAGCCAUCCGAUUGACAAGAUUACUGGGCAAAGAGCAUAUAGCUUGGACACACUUUUAUCGCUUUUGGAUGUAUGAGCGUGUACGGCAGGAAGCAGUGAGGGAUUCCAAAGCGAUACCAGAAGCAGUUGCCGGAGCAGGAGUAGGCGAUUUUCCAUAUAAUGCAAUGCUUCUGGUGCAAUUCUUUGAGAGGGGCUUCUAUAAUAGAUCCAUCGAAAGCCUCCUGAAUAUCAGUAUGGAUGCCAAAACUCGAGGAGAUGAGGUUGAAGAUGAUGAUGAAGAAGAUGGAGAAGAAAGCCGUAGUCGUGCAGCAGUCCCAGCAAAAGCAUUGCCAAAGGAACCCGUCGACACUUUGCAUCGCAACAACAACGAGGAAGAUGAUGUAAUGCUUGAUACUGGCAAGCCCUGGUACCGAGACGCAAAGCUACAUGGAAAGAUUGAAGAGACGAUCUCGACGCUGAAAGAAGACCCGAAAGCAGAUGAGCUAUUUUGCACACUGGGAAAGAAGACACCAAGCUCGAGCGAUUUCGCAAAGUUGAGUGAAGGCACAAAUUUGCACAUCGGACCAACACAUGGUCUUGCUAAGAAAGAUAAAACCUCUGCCGUGGCAUUGCCCUCUUUGAAGGAUGUGAUGGUGGAAUGUAUCAGCAUCGCAUCUCCGCUGUUCUAUCAUGCACUUGCCAAUUGGGCUCCCCAUAACAGUGCUGUUGAUGAAAGCAAAUGGCAGCCCCUUCUUUCUCUCGAACCAGAUUCGACAAUGGCUGACGGUCGUAAUGAUAGCGUGCAAUCCAGUGCAAAACCCUUACAAGACAUUCUUGCUCCUACCAAUCUUUCGCCCCUCAUUCGUCAACACAUUUCAGCUUCCCAUUCUGAUCGCAGGAUUGCAUUUGUGAGAGAAACGAAUGAGGGACUUGCUUCACUUAUGAUUGCGGUAAGUACGAGUCAGGCAGACGAAAAUUUGCUAAUUGCCAACGUCAAACUCGGAGAAAAGGUAAAAGCGUUGGACCUAAGCUUCUACUCUGCUGAAGAGAUCUUUUUGCUGCUCCAAGAAGGCGAGGAGACCAUGCUUGUGUCAUUGCAACUAGACGACCUAUCUUUCAAUCCAACAAAGACAAAAGGGGAGCAACUUGCACUCCAGCCAAUGCAACCCCGCCGUCACAUCAAUCUCACAAAAAGAGGCGGAGGAAAUGCAAAGAAGCUAUCGCUCAAUAAACGCAAAGAAGUAUGCGCAACUUUGGAUGAUGAGGGACAUUUGACAUACUGGGAUUUGGUGCAGCAAGAAUCCCAGGACGAAGAGAUGAUAUGA